AAUCCAGAACAAACGUGAAACAACCCUUUAUAAACCCUUUCAACAAGAAUUAACUAACAAUAACAAUAUUCCUUUUUUAACGUAGAAAGAAACUUGGUUCAUUGAAGAUGGGAAACUGUGGUAGCAAUCCCAAGACCAAUGAGGCAGUGCCUGAACCUGUGACCGAGCAGGUUAAGGUUGAGCAGAAUGAGCAGACUAGUGAAGCAAAUGUUCUUGAGACCCCCGAGAACAAGUCUCUGGGCACCUUGCUCAACCAGAAAGUAGAGGAGGAACCAAAGACAGAGGAAGUAAAGGCUGAACCCAAGCCAGAAGAGCCUCAAGAAGAGAAGUCCAAAGCAGAAGAAGCAAAGAGUGAGGCCUAAAGCUAAUAAUAAUAACGUGCAAGCGUUCUACCUGAGAGGGCUUUUAUAUUUAUCUUAAUAUACAUUUGUUGCUUUUCUGUUCAAUGGUACGACAGAAUUUAACUAGUUCUGUUAUCCAAAU